AUGGAUCAUUUCCAAGGCCUCACCACCCGAUUUCUCGCCUGGUUCAAGGACUCGGGCGGCGUCUUCCGCGAUGAUCUACUAGAAAUUCGAGACUUGAGAUCCAAAGGUUCCGGUCGCGGCAUCAUUGCAAAGCAGGACAUUGCCGAGGACACCCCGCUGUUUUCGAUACCAAGGGACAUCAUCAUCAACGCGCAAACGUCCCAGCUAACGCAGAAACUCCCUGAAAUCUUCCAAGACCCCCUGGAAGACGGGGACGAAGAAAACGAAGUGGAACCCUUGGGCUCAUGGGGCACACUCAUUCUUGUCUUGAUAUACGAGCACCUGCAUGGCGAUGCUUCGCCAUGGAAGCCCUACCUUGAUAUACUGCCGCAGACUUUUGAAACACCGAUUUUCUGGUCAGAGGUAGAACUGAAAGAGCUUGAGGGAACAGCGUUAACCCAGGAGAAGAUUGGAAAGGAAGAGAGUGAUCAAAUGCUACGUUCGCGCAUCCUGCCCAUUGUCGUGAAACAUCGGAAUGUCUUCUAUCCCAAAGGCGCGCCUGAGCUCAACCAAGAAGAGUUACUUUCACUCGCACAUCGCAUGGGCAGUACCAUCAUGUCAUACGCUUUUGAUCUCGAGGGCGAAGACGAGCAGUCUGAAGAGGACGACGAUGAUGGUUGGCUCGAGGAUCGAGAGGGCAAGACCCUGUUAGGCAUGGUGCCCAUGGCGGACAUGCUCAACGCGAAUGCCGAGUUCAAUGCUCACCUAAGCCAUGGUGACCAGCUCGAGGUUACUUCACUUCGUGAGAGUAUCCCUACUGGAUCAGAGAUUCUGAACUACUAUGGACCUCUGCCAUCAUCCGACUUACUGCGACGAUAUGGCUACGUGACCGCUGAGCACAGUCGGUAUGAUGUUGUUGAGCUUCCUUGGAGUAUGGUUCGGGAAGCACUCGGCAAGGAACUUCAACUAUCCCAAAAUCUCAUUCAAAAGAUUGAGACAGAAACUGAAUCGCAACCAGAAGUGGAUUUGGAAGAUGUCUUCGUCAUUGAACGCGACUCCGGAGAGCCAUCGCCCUAUGGCAUGUUCACGCAACCAGCAAUGCUACGCGAGGUAUCACCUGAACUUGAAGAACAGGUAAUGCUUUUCCUGAAAAUUUUCAAAAAGCUCAACGGCAAGACAAAGCUAGAGUUGAAGAGAACACGAGGUGACGACAUCUACAACGCCGUGGUGAACAAGGUCUUGAGGGCUAGAUUGGCGCAGUAUCCCCAUUCGAUUGAGCAAGAUGAACAGCUGUUGAGCCGAAAUGAUCUUACAAGAAGACAUCGCAUGGCAAUCCAAGUGAGGCUGGGCGAAAAGCGACUGUUGCAAGAGGCACUGGCCUUGGUUCCGAAUGACGAGGAAAUUGCGCAAGAGAAUGAAGGAAGAACAACAAAGAAGCCAAGGCGCACAUCUCCAAUUGCAUAG